GAUCGCUUGUUCCUUUCAGAUCUGGGACUAGAUUUCAGAGGAAAUGGUAGACUUUAAUAGCUCGGGGGAGGGAAGGUGGAGGGAGAGGCUGCUGUCCCAGGAGCCUAGGGAAGGAAGAGGCAAUUUUUCAUAAAAAGUACAAGUGGCCCGUAGCCCCAGGGGAAGAUGUCGUCCCUUUCUGGUAAUCGGUGGAAGGGAAACACAACUACAAGGUGAUGAGAUUAUCGAAGAAGAAAGAGUAACAAGGCCUGGUGUGGGGGAGGGAAAGGAGGGGGGCGGGCCCUCUUCUGCCGCACUGCUGGUGGGAGGGGAAAUUGGGGACCCGAGUUGGUGGAUGACGUAGCUCUCACGUGACCAAGAGCUGACGUGUGCAGAAGUCCUUCUUGUCCUGGUCGUUGUUCCCGUCUGAGUACCAGCUCCCCAUUGCCCUGAGGGCGGGCGGGCCUGCGGCGGAGGGAAAAAGGAAGAGGAGAAGAAAAUUGUCCCGGAUCCCUGCAGGUCAGUGCCUGGGAGAUUCCAUAAAGUCAGGGUGCUAGAGGGUGUAGGGCCGAGACCGUCGCGGGUACUGAGGCGCCUCCGUCGUCUCUCCCACUCGCCGCCCGCUUUCCAAGACAUAUGUCCCGCCUGCACCCCAUUUCGAUGCUGCGAAACGGUGAGCUGGGGAGUGUUUGGGGAAAAGCUCAGAGAUCAGGAGAUGGGAAUCUGCUGGGAGCCUAGGCCCGCAAUCCGGAAAGGGAGCUGUGGCCUGGGUGUUGGCCCCUAGUCCACCAGGACAGUGCCGGAGGGGAAUGGCUGGAUAUGGGGGCGGGGGUGGUGAGAUGCAACGUGAUAUGUCAGCAGAACCCCAAGAGAGGUAAUAGGGGUGGGAAACCUCUGACAACCAGGCCUCCGAAUUAGAAAAGAGUUUUGUGUUCUGGGGACUAGUCCGUCCACCAAGCACGCAGUGGCGGCAGUUUCCCGUCUUUCUGCCUGUGGCUGUGUCUUCCUGACCAUGGCUCUGUGUCUAGUGGGUCCAAGCCUCUCCCGGGUGGCCAGUCUUUCUGUAGGUUGCGGCACAACGCCAGGCAAAAGAAGAGGAAGGAAAUUAAUCCUAAUCGGUGAAGGUCGAUUUGAGGGUCUGCUGUAGCAGGUGGCUCCGCUUGAAGCGAGGGAGGAAGUUUCCUCCGAUCAGUAGAGAUUGGAAAGGUUGUUGGGCGUGGCACACCACCAGGAAACAGAAGGGGCGAACUGCUUGUCUUGAGGAGGUCAACCUCCAGAAUCAGCUAUUGUGGCCUUGAAGUGGCUGAAGACGAUCACCCUCCACAGGCUUGAGCCCAGUCCCACAGCCUUCCUCCCCCAGCCUGAGUGACUACUCUAUUCCUUGGUCCCUGCUAUUGUCAGGGACGAUUGCAUGGGCUACGCCAGGAAAGUAGGCUGGGUGACUGCAGGCCUGGUGAUUGGGGCUGGCGCCUGCUAUUGCAUUUAUAAACUGACUAGGGGAAGAAAACAGAACAAGGAAAAAAUGGCUGAGGGUGGAUCUGGGGAUGUGGAUGAUGCUGGGGACUGUUCUGGGGCCAGGUAUAAUGACUGGUCUGAUGAUGAUGAUGACAGCAAUGAGAGCAAGAGUAUAGUAUGGUACCCACCUUGGGCCCGGAUUGGGACUGAAGCUGGAACCAGAGCCAGGGCCAGGGCAAGGGCCAGGGCUACCCGGGCACGUCGGGCUGUCCAGAAACGGGCUUCCCCCAAUUCAGAUGAUACCAUUUUGUCCCCUCAAGAGCUGCAAAAGGUUCUUUGCUUGGUUGAGAUGUCUGAAAAGCCUUAUAUUCUUGAAGCAGCUUUAAUUGCUCUGGGUAACAAUGCUGCUUAUGCAUUUAACAGAGAUAUUAUUCGUGAUCUCGGUGGUCUCCCAAUUGUCGCAAAGAUUCUCAAUACGCGGGAUCCCAUAGUUAAGGAAAAGGCUUUAAUUGUCCUGAAUAACUUGAGUGUGAAUGCUGAAAAUCAGCGCAGGCUUAAGGUAUACAUGAAUCAAGUGUGUGAUGACACAAUCACUUCUCGAUUGAACUCAUCUGUGCAGCUUGCUGGACUGAGAUUGCUUACAAAUAUGACUGUUACUAAUGAGUAUCAGCACAUGCUUGCUAAUUCCAUUUCUGACUUUUUUCGUUUAUUUUCAGCGGGAAAUGAAGAAACCAAACUUCAGGUUCUGAAACUCCUUUUGAAUUUGGCUGAAAAUCCAGCCAUGACUAGGGAACUGCUCAGGGCCCAAGUACCAUCUUCACUGGGCUCCCUCUUUAAUAAGAAGGAGAACAAAGAAGUUAUUCUUAAACUUCUGGUCAUAUUUGAGAAUAUAAAUGAUAAUUUCAAAUGGGAAGAAAAUGAACCUACUCAGAAUCAAUUCGGUGAAGGUUCACUUUUUUUCUUUUUAAAAGAAUUUCAAGUGUGUGCUGAUAAGGUUCUGGGAAUAGAAAGCCACCAUGAUUUUUUGGUGAAAGUAAAAGUUGGAAAAUUCAUGGCCAAACUGGCUGAACAUAUGUUCCCAAAGAGCCAGGAAUAACACCUUGAUUUUGUAAUUUGGAAGCAACACACAUUGUAAACUAUUCAUUUUCUCCACCUUGUUUAUAUGGUAAAGGAAUCCUUUCUGCUACCAGUUUUGAAUAAUGAAUAUCAUAUCGUAUCAUCAAUGCUGAUAUUUAACCGAGUUGGUCUUUAGGUUUAAGAUGGAUGAAUGAAUAUCACUACUUGUUCUGAAAACAUGUUUGUUGCUUUUUAUCUCGCUGCCUAGAUUGAAAUAUUUUGCUUUUCUUCUGCAUAAGUGACAGUGAACCAAUUCAUCAUAAGUAAGCUCCCUUCUGUCAUUUUCAUUGAUUUAAUUUGUGUAUCAUCAAUAAAGUUGUAUAUUAAUGCUGGAAAGAAAAAAAAGAAGAAAGAAAGAAACCAUCCCUGUCCUUCAGUUUAUAAUCAAGUUGGAGAGAUAAGAAACGUACAAACCAAAAUAUAACAGAAUAUCUGAAGCAUGUACUCAUUGUCAGAUGUUCCCUCUGAGAGCACAAAGGAGGCAAAAGCUUCUGUGGGAUGUGCUAGUCGGCUAAAGCUUCAUGGAGGAGGUGGCAAUUGAAAAUGAGUCCUGCAUGGGGUAGGGUGGUUAGGGAAUUCCAUGAGACAUGACGAGGGGGGCAUGGUGUGAGAAAGGCAUGGAAGUAGGAACCCUCUUCCUAUGACAGUCAGGAGAUCAUUCUGCUUAGAGUGGAUAGUGUGGAGAGUGGGAGUAGAUAAUUUUGGAAAGCUGGGUGAAGCCAGUUGUGGAGAGUUGUUUGAAUAUUAUCCCACUGAACACCCAGACCCACUAAAUCUUUUUUUACUAGAAAAUAAUUGGGGUCCAUAUGAAAGUCUCUAUCUGUUACUGUAUGGUGUCAGUGAGGGUGUGGCAAAAUGGAGCCUUUCACACCCUAGUGGUGGCCAUUUGGUAAUACAGAUCAUAAGCCUUAAACUAUGUAAACCCUUUGUCCUAAGGAAGUAAUUGAAUAAUUGCCCAAAGAUUGUAUGUAGAAGGCUGUUCAUCCCAGCACUGUCUAAGCUAGUAAAAAUUGGAAACAAUUUAAGUAUCUAGCACAUUGGAUUGGUUAUAAAGUAAGGAAUGUUUACACAGUAGGAUAAGUAUGCUGAUGGAAAUCUAUAUUGCCAGAAAAGCUAUUCAUUAUGCAUUGUGAAGUGAGAAAGAAAAAAUGGGUAGAUGGAAGUAUUUGAAGUAUAAUUCCAUUUUUUUAAGACUAAUAAAACAUAUGUUUAAAAGGACACUAAAAACUGGAGUUAUAGAUAUCCAGAUAGAAACAGUAGUUAUCUUUGGGUAGAAGGAUAAUGAAUGAUCUUUACUUUUUUACUUUUUAUUCAUCUAUGUGUUUUUAUUUAUCUAAAAUGGGUAUUGAUUUUUAGGAAGUUUUUGAGAAAGAAAAGUGAUGGGAAUGAAGCAAGUGAUUGAUUGGAACACAUAUUGAAUGGAAGAAAUAUUUAGAUUAAAAAUGAGGUAGGUUGAAGUUUCUUCUCUGAAAUGAUAGAUAAGGCUUAUUAUGAGGAUUCAAUGAGGUAAUAUAUGCAAAGUACUUACAAUGUUCUGGCACAUAGUAGUUAAUUAAGAAAAUUGAGCACCCUUAACUACCUAGAAUGCAGGGUUGAUAGUUUUUUGGUUGACUUUUGUUUUGCUGGGGCAUUCUGCCAUGUUUUAGUGUCAUUUAAUAAAUAAUAGUAACAAUAAAGGUUAACAUUUAUUAAGUGA